AUCCAUAGCACAUGAUAUUCUCAUUCACCAGCAACAGAGAUGUUUUUUAACAUCAGAGAAAAUUUGGUCAGACAAAUGAAGAAUAUUCUGAUUUUGAUUUCAGCUUUACACGUGACAAAUGGUCAGGCUGUAUCGACUUCAGGGCAGUUGUUUGCGUAUCAUGGAGAUUUCCGGGGAGCCAUUCCGUUUGAUAGCUUAGAAGCUUCGAGCGUUAACGUUUGUGCAACUUUCUGUGCAUCAAAAAGCAACCAAUGUACGUGUUUCAGCUACAAUACAUUAAAGGAAUGCCGUCUCUUAGAAUCAGCAAUAGAUGGCGCUGUGAUAGCAGUACCAGACUUGGAAUAUGUUCUGUACUGUAAUACUGAUGUGGACAUCUAUGUACACAAUUACAUUGGAUGUUACGGGGAUACAGGUGAUAGAGAUUUGCCAUAUAAUACAAAUAAACCACCUUAUUUAACGCCCCAAGUUUGUAUAGACACCUGCCGAAACCUUAACCAAGGGUUCCUAUAUGCUGCCGUUCAGUUUGGCACCGACUGUUUUUGUGGAACAAGUUAUGGGAAAUAUGGGCCUUCAACAUCUUGCACUUAUACAUGUGAGGGUGACCCCCAGCAGACAUGUGGAGGUUUCAAUGGAAAUGAAAUAUAUGCCAUCUAAGAGAAUAUAUGACAUUGUGAAAAUGUUUGACAUCUUAUAGAUUAAAUUCAAGGAGAAUGUCUGACACCAAGAAAAUAUAUGACAUUUAAGAGAUGUAUGGCAUCAAGAAAAUCUAUGACAUUGACAUUUAAGAUAAUAUAUGGCAUUGUGAAAAUGUUUGACAUCU